ACCCGCGCCGGCUCCCAGCCACGCCGCCGCGUCCGGAGAGAGUCGGGGAUGUUCGGGUUGCAGGCGAGAGGCGCGGCGGCUUCGUGGGUGGUGGGGCGGACGGGCAUGGACGCGCUCCUCUACGACGACGCCGCCGCCAUCCCGGCGCUCCUCGACUCACCUCCUCGUCGUCAUAGCGCACGGCGUUGACGUCGCCCUAAUCUCCCCGCAGGUUGCCAAAGAACGUGGCGGCGCAGUCGUCUGCCUCCACUCCCUGCGCCGUCGCUGGAGGUGAAGAAGCUAGUCUACCUCUACCUGAGUCGCCAGAUUGCUAACAAGAGAAGCAAAAGGGGGCCUGGAAGCUUGACUCGCUCGCUCGCCGCUCCACCGCCCGUCACCAGUUCGACGAAAUGCCGCCUACCCUCCUCCUUUGGUGUCUCUGUACACGCCGGUUUAAGAGUAUCAUAAUUGGCGGUGACAGGUCGUUGUUCUUAUCUGAAUUUUGACCCUUCAACCUUUCAACAAUAUAACUGCCCCCAAUUGUAGUGGCAGAUAACAAUUGAUAAACACGUUUACCUUAAUAAUUGCCCCCAAUAGGCAGCCAUAAGAGUCAUCCCCAGUUGAGCAUAUGAAAAGAAGAAUUGAACUUCCACUGUGCAAUCAAAGUCAUGAUGUUAAUUUGACUGAGUCUUUCAUUCAACCUUCCUGUUAGCAGCCCCUAUCGGUCCACCCAAUAAGCAGCCCGGACCGCAUAUAAAAGGUAGAACUGAAGGGUAUCAUCACCAUCUCCUUACUAACCUUGUUUUCUCAGGUUCAAGGUCUUUGGAGGUUGGGCCUGCUGCACGGAAAGCCAUGGCCUCCAAACAGACGGCUCCGAUUAUGAAUCAAGGACAAGGGGAAACUAGCUAUGCUCACAACUCUAGUAUUCAGAACGCUGAGCAGAACAAGAUGAAAUCCUUGAUUGAAGCGGUCGUCGUUGAAUUAUGCAGCAACACCGGCACCUUGCAGCCUGGGAAGAUGGUAAUCGUGGACUUGGGCUGCUCCACUGGUCCAAACGCGCUUGCACUGGUAUCGAUUGCUGUCGAGGCGAUCCACGCUCACUGUCUUCAGUUCCAGCAACCAUCACCAGAAGUGUCUGUGCUCCUCAACGAUCUUCCUGAGAACGACUUCAACACGGUGGUGAAGAGCCUAGUCACGCUACGUCAAAGCAACGAUCCUGUUGUUGUGACCGGUAUCACGCCAGGGUCGUUUUAUGAGCGGCUCUUCACUAGUGAAUCUGUGCAUCUUGUUUGCUCGUCCAAUAGCUUGCAUUGGCUCUCAAAGGCUCCAGAAGAUCUUAAAACGAAUCUCAUCCCAGCAUAUGACAUUGAUGAGCAUUCUAGGCAUGAAAGGCUUCCUAUAGUGCUUGAGGCUUAUGCAAAACAAAGAUUUCACACUUUUUCUGAAGCUGAGAGCCAAAGAGUUGGUCUCAGGAGGCCGAAUGAUUAUUUCGCUGCUAGGGAGGCGUUCUGAUAUAAUCGCCACCAAAUUCCCUUUCCUUCCAGAAAUUGUAGCUCAGAUUCUAUGUGUCAUGGUCUCAGAGGUACAUUUCAAUACUUUCUUUUCUAGCAUGCAUCUUUAGCGAUCGAAGGUGUGAGUAUUAUAUUCGACCUCAUGAUCUUAUGGUUGUAUUAACAGGGUGUAACGCCCCACAUAUACUUUCCAUAAUUGUAUCCAACUCUUGCCGUUUCCGGCGCUAAGU